ACGGUUGGCUGCUUGACGAUGCUGAAUUAUAGUGGAUGAAACCCUCCCACCCAACAACGACACAAAUCAAAUACUUGCAGGUAGUUUAUAUAUAAUAGUAGGUGAGCUUAAAAGUGUCUAUUAACGUAGCGUAUUCAAGAAGAGUGGCUACAAGUAAAAAGAAGAAGUGGGUAAUGGAACGCUGUGCGUGAGGUGCUGUUUACUUGUUGCGCUUAGUAGUAUAUAAAGCAGCACUCUGGGAUACUGUCUCGUGGAUGUCAUUGCAGUCUUGUGCAGAUGUGGGGUUGACAACAGUGUCCGGGUUUCCUUUCUCCGCUCCGCCCUACGGCAGACAGCAUUCAUCAACUAGGGGCGUCUCUUUAUAGGAGGGUACACAAACUCUUUGCAGCGUGGUGCUGAGAUUUGGAUUUCCCAUGGAUUAAAAACUACGAGAAUAAGAAACGGAGGACCACCGGACUAUUUCGGGUCACGACGGGGGAUUGAUUUUUGAAACUAUCACUGAGGCAGAUUAAAUAUUUAUGGACUGGGGGCUAUAUCUCGGAAGAAAAUGAACAGCGGCAACGUAUAUGCAACUCGUAAGCGGCGAAAGCCUGUACAGAAAACAGCAAAAUCUGUACCCACAGAGGGAGUGAAGUCUAAUCCAUCUAAGAGGCACCGUGACCGUCUGAAUGCAGAACUGGAACAUUUGGCUAGCUUGCUACCUUUUCAGGAAGAUGUUAUUUCCAAACUUGACAAACUUUCAGUUUUGCGGCUUAGUGCCUGUUACCUAAGGGCAAAAGCAUUUUUCAGUGUUGCACUAAAGUCUUCCAGUUGCAAAAAGCCAGAUGGAAGUGGCAUUCACAGUAACUGCGUAACUGCACAGUCUGGAGUGGAAGUCCCAGAAGGAGAAUUCUUAUUGCAGGCCCUGAAUGGUUUUGUUCUUGUGGUAACAGCUGAAGGCUUGGUGUUCUAUGCUUCUCCUACAGUUCAGGAUUAUCUUGGGUUCCAUCAGUCUGAUGUCCUCCACCAGAGUGUCUUUGACCUCAUCCAUACAGAAGAUAGAGAUGAAUUUCAACGUCAGCUUCACUGGGCAUUAAAUCCUCAUCAGCCAUCUAAUUCAGGACAUGCUCAUGGAGACAGUGUCUUUCCAAUGGAAAUAACGUAUUAUAAACCAGACCAACUUCCUCCAGAGAAUGCAGUAUUUUUGGAAAGGAACUUUAUCUGCAGAUUAAGAUGCCUUUUGGACAAUUCCUCAGGUUUUUUGGCAAUGAAUUUCCAAGGAAGGCUGAAGUUCCUACAUGCUCAGAACAAAAAGGACAAGGAUGGUACUCUGCUGCCCCCUCAGCUGGCUUUGUUUGCAAUUGCAUCUCCACUGCAGUCACCAUCCAUCUUGGAGAUUCGAACCAAGAACCUUAUCUUCAGAACCAAGCACAAGCUGGACUUCACACCCACAGGCUGUGAUUCCAAAGGACAGGUAGUUUUGGGAUACUCUGAAAUUGAGCUUUGUAUGCGAGGAUCAGGAUAUCAGUUCAUCCAUGCAGCAGAUAUGCUUUAUUGUGCUGAGAACCACAUCCGAAUGAUGAAGACGGGAGAAAGUGGAAUGACUGUUUUCAGACUCCUUGCCAAAGGAAACAGAUGGAUGUGGGUUCAAGCUAAUGCACGUUUAGUCUAUAAGAAUGGAAGACCUGAUUAUAUUAUUGCUACACAGAGGCCUCUUGUAGAUGAUGAAGGAGCAGAAACAUUAAGGAAACGAAAGCUGAAGUUACCUUUUAAUUUUGCAACUGGUGAAGCUGUUCUUUAUGAAGCAAGUUAUUCUCUGAUUGACGUGAUUGAUUCCAUGAUGAUAAAAGAAGGAAGCAGUGCUGGCAAGAAAGGUACUUUCAAGAAGCAGGAAGCUGUGGAUUCAGAGUCUCUGCUUGGUUCAAUCUUAAAGCAAGAUGAGUCUGUUUAUGUCUGUUCUCCAGCACCAAAUACAUUUUCUUUUGAAAGAAACCUCUUCAGCGAGACUGAUCUUAUGUCUGAUGAGUGGCAAGGCAGUGCUUUACUUGCAGGAAAUAGUAGUGGUUUGCACAAUGGACAGGCACAGCAGAAUGUCUUGGACUCAAAUGAUAACACUCUUGACUCUGGUAAAAACAGUGAGCUACACAACAUUAUGAAUCAUCUGGGAAUAACUGUAGAAGAUAUUGAGAGCAUUCGUCAGGAUGAGUUCUUCAAUGCUGAAUGGGAUUACCUUGACAACAUUGCAGAAAUAGAUGUGGCAAAUGAAAUUCUGUCUUAUGUACAGGAAUCUUUGAAUAACAGGUCAGACUGCAUGUUUUCUAGUACUUCUUCCCAGAAUUCAGUGGAUCAAAGUUCCAGACUUGCAGCACAGCAGCAGCAGCAGCAAGUACUAUGCCAGAAAAUGGGACACAUGCAAGUCAAUGGAUUGGUUGCAGAAUGGAGUUCUGUUAAUGGAACAGCAGCAGUUAGCCAACAUCAACCACAGCAGUUAGACUGCACAGGACUAAGCAGCAGUGUGCAUGAAUCUCUGUACCAAACCAAAGGCAGUGCGGCAUCUUCUGCCCAUACUCAGGACUUUGUGGGCUACCAGCUACCAGCUACUGUACAGGCAUAUCCACCUAACCUUACAUACACAGACAUUCCUAGUGGUUUGAAUGCAACUACCUUUCUCAUGCCUGAUGAAGUAGAGACGUAUCUUAGUUGUCUGCAACAGAGCACUACAAAUACAGCAUGUGGAACAAGCACACAGCCAACUAUGGUGUUUCCACAGGCAUCUUAUUCUGGUGCCUUGUCAACAUAUCCAUACUUGCCUGAAAACCAGCCAUUCUCCACAAACUUGGAGCAAUUUAAUCCCAUGGAGAGUGGACAAGAAGCUUUUCUUUCCCAGUUCCAAAGUGCCUGCAGUUCUGGAAAUUUAGGUGAGACCUACACUGGUCAAGCUGAUGUGACCUAUUCACAGACUCCAACAGAAACCCAUCGUCAUCAUUAUCCAUCAGAGCAUGGACUUUACUCGGAAUUUGCAUCAAAGGGGUUUAUCUAGAUGCAGAGGCUUUAUUUUAUCAUUGAUGUGUCUCUGACAAUUUGCUGCUUUCUGAAGGAUGACUUUAUUAUGUUUGUUUUAGAGUGACAGAAUAGCUUUAAAAGCUGGAGGAAGAAGAUGAAACAUAUAAGGCAAUUUGCACUGUGUGAAAUUUUUGAUCCAAAGUCUAAAGUUCCCACUACAGGGAACAGUGGUUUUAAUUUUAGUUUUUAAUUCUUGUUAAUUCUUGCACUUAAAGUGCUUCUGUAUGUUACUAUGGUAUGUUACAGUAAGAUGGAUGUUUAUUUUAAUUGGAACAUGAAAACAGAUCCUUCCAUUCUCACAGAUUUAAUAGCACUUAUUUCUGUGGCAUUUGUGACAUGAAUUUAGGCAAAGGAUUUUUUAGUGAUUAUCAAGAGUAAAGACUGAACACUACUAAAGAUAAAAUUUAGUGGCAACUGUGUGUGGUUAAAGGUGUAGAAUUUUAUUUCCAGUGGAUUUUCAGGCAUGGUGCAAAACAAUCCACUGUAGUUACUGAACACCUUUUUAUUUUAUCUGUAGAUUAAAACAAUGCAGUAUUAAUUACAAGACUACCUUAAUAAACCAGUAGCACUGUAAAUGCACCAGCUGUUUUAGGGGUAAUAUUUUAACAUUAUUCAUCUUUCUUAAUCCUGGAUGUAUGUUAAACAAUAUUCUUUGGACUGUUCAGAAACUGAAAUGUGUUUGUGCAACCAUACAUAGCAAAAGAACGUAUAAUUUGUAUGAUUUAUGAUCCUUUAUAAGUGCUGUUUCACUAAUGUGUUUCAGCAAAGUUGAUUUAAUGUAGCAGCACUUUUUACCAAAGUGGGAUUUUAUCCUGUACCUUCUUAGCAGAUUAGACUAAGGAUGUCCUAAUAUUAUGCAGUAUGUUUUUCUUGUGAAUUAGGAAGUACAAAUUAUUCAACGCUGAAGCAUAACAUUUUGUUCUUUGCAUUGCACUGUUGCAAUCAUUUUAAUUUCCAUGUGAAAUUCUGUGCCUUCUCUUAUGAAAAACAUUUGCUCUCGGUGUCCUUGAGUGUAGAGUAAUUAGCCACUGUAUGCAGCAGUGAAAACAAAAUGUUAUAAAGUAAUAUGUUACAUUUUCAUGUACAGAGUAAAAUAUUUAAAUAUAUGGCAAGAAUUUGUGAGUGGGAAGGUCUUUACAGUAUUUCAGCAAGACAGUUUUGAGGAACUAGUUUUAGUAAGAGCUCUUAAAUGAAUUGCGGAUUUCAUUUGGAAGCACUAUUUAUUACUGAGGUAAGGUAUACUAGUUUUAGUCAUACCUGUUAUAUUGCACUCUUAAAAGUCAAGAAAUAUGAAAUGCAGCUCAUUGGUUUAAUUACGAAAGACAAAAUAUUUAGUGUGAUAUUGAAAUAGGACUUUCAAACAAAUUAAUUGAUGUCUUAUUAUGUGAGUUCUGUGGAGUGUAUUGAUCAAUUAAUUGACGUGUGUUGAUUUAUAUACAAAGGUAAUAUGAUGUUGUAGUCCAUUUUAUUCUAACAUUGUUAGAAUUGUAACACCAUUCUUAUACAAACUGGUAUUUUAAAUUACUGAUUUUGUAUUUGUUUAAAUUGAAUAUUGUAGAAUAUACUUGUAUAAUUUAUAUGUAAGCAACAACAUUGAUAUCCUAUGUAAAUAAGAUUUCAUUAAAGCACAGUCUUAUUUUUUUUUUUCUGUUAUGCAGGUAGACAUUUAUCAACUGUGUAAUAAUUUAAAUUUACAAAUUAUUAUUAAUGUAAUGGAAAUUUCUGUCAUUCUUUGGUCGAAGCAUCAAUGGGAAAUAUUUUGAAUGGCUGUCAUACAGAGUACAAUGAUCACUUAAUGGUAUGCUGGAAACAUUCUCAACCAUUUUCAAAACAGACAAGCCAUGCACAUUUGUAGUUUAUUUAUUUGAGUUUACAAUAGGGUCUAAUCUCUUAAGAGAUGUAAAAUUAAAUUUUCUACAUCUUUUUGCUUCCUUUAUAAUUCUGGAGUGCAGACUGUCAGCUGUUACUCUGAAAUAUAGUAACAAUGUUCCAUCAGGUUCCCUGUCUCUUAGUGCAUAGGUUACUUCAAACAUGACAAGUGACUGUUCACAAAUCUGCAGUGGGUUUGUCUGUUCAGUCUACAUGUUUUAUUAUAUGCAGUCAUAGUUCAGUUGAAGGUAAAAUUAUUAAUUGAGUAUCCACAUUAACAAAUAGGCCAUAUACAGUGUUUAAGAAACAGACCAAGGAAGUUAUAAUAAACUGUUAUUUUUGGUAAGAUUAAUAUUCAUUUAUAUGGAUUAAAGCACUUACGAUGUUACUUCUUAUUAAAUAACAAAUUGUUAAGAAGUGAACAUUAUAGGCUGUGGAGUUUAAAAGCUACUAUAGAACAGCAGACAGACAUGCAUAUCUACAUUGAAAACUGACGCUUUUACACCAGUAUCAUUCUAAUUAACAAGUAGAGUAGUGCUUAUUUUUGGUGGCUGAAAACACUGACUAAUAAACAAACAAAACAAAAAAAAAAGCUUUUACAGUCUUAAAUAUUUUGAAGUAGGAGAGAGCUGCAGGGUACUUACAUUUCAGCAGCAUGGAUACUGCACGUAACAAAGAAUAUUAUACUAUGAUUUGAAGAGAAAAAUUUUAAAAAUUACAACUUGAAAAUGUCAUAGUUAACUUUUCAAAAGUACUUUUAUAGAGCAAAUCAAUGCCGUGUUUGUAUUACUUUAAGAGUAGUACUUCAUUACUUAAAGAAAUCAGACUGCUUAAGACUACACAUUGUAAAAGUCCCAAAUGAGAAUUGUUAUAAUGCUUGAUAUUUUCUGCACUUUUGUCUUCCAUUUCACAGCAGACCACUGGCAUACAUUAAUUCCAUGGUAAUUAGUGGCCUGUUGCAUGUUAUUAAUUACUUAUCAUUGAAGAUCACAUGUCUUUUGUUUAUUAUUUAUUUAUUUAUUUUUUGAUGAUUGUGCCGGGUAAGUGGACUUACCUAAGAAUUAUUAAUUUCAGACACGACACAGUCAUUUAGCAGAAGAAAAAUAACAUAGUGACAAGUGAUAGCAUGUAUACAUAUCACAAUUGUCAACAUAAAAGAGACUAUAUUGUCUAUAAAAAUCACCUGUGUGAGUAAAUAAAACAACUGGCAGUAUUACAAAUUGCUAUCAGUGUCUAAACCUGUUGACCCAGCAUGUCUAAUUUUGAGUUGAACCUAAGUGAGUCAUUCCUGUGUAAACAAAUAGGAAAACAGUUUUUUUGAUGAUUGGUUUCAUUGUGUCAGUUUUGUUGAAGAUGCUGUGUCAAUGUAUUUAUAUGGACUGUGAGGUCAUGUGACUUGUAAGGAGAAAAGGUGGAAAAGUUACAGAAAAAAAUCUUUUAUGUUUACUAUAAGGUUGUGCAACCUCAGAAUUAGUGUUAUUUAGAGAUAAAUUCCCUUGUAGACAUAUAUUCUAAAAUUAUAUUUUUGUUUAACUGUCUGAAGUUCUGUUAAAACUACUUGAUUUAUUAAUUGUUUGACUAUAUGAUUAUUUACACUUCUUCAGGUAUCAACAAAUCAAGAUCUAAUGAAUCAUCAUGGGUUAAAAUACAAUGCUUUGUGCAAUAUUUGUAGGACUUUUAAAAGUUAAUUUUGAGAUAUAAUAUUAUAAAAAACUUCCUUUUGCUGUAAAUGAGUGACCUGCUUUAAGGUAGUGCUUCUUCUUAACUAUUAAAAUUUAUUUUCUUAUUAUCUUUUAAAAGACCAGGCACUAGCAUACAGCAACAUAUUGUAACAUAAAUGUUGACAGGACUGCAGGUGUGUAAUUAUUACUGAUGUUACCGCUACAGUAUGUAGAUGUGUGCUAAUGGGUUGCAUGGGUGUGUGGCAUCCUGUUAUGGAUUUUUUUAGUAGUACAUCCUGAAUUGAAGUAUCGUGUUGUGCAGAUGUCUAUUAAGACUCAAGUAGGGAAGGAUAUUGUUGCAUGGAUAUAUAUAUUAGGUCAUGUUGGAUAUGGGCAAGAGCAUACUUUGCAGCAUCUCACUUGUACUAUAUAUGUAGUACAAAUGUACGGAUAAUUUUUGGUUGUUCACUAGUGAGGUAGAUUACAGUUUAUGUUAUUUCAAAAUAGUAGACUAAUACACCUCUCCUAACUUUCCAUUUUGAGAACAUAGUUAACGCAGGCUCUACUUAAUUUAGAAUAUUCUUUAAAAGCCAUUGCUAUACAGUAAGCCUUUAGCAUACUGCCAUUUCAAAAUAUUAUUUUAGCAGGAGCCUGACUGCAUUUUUUUAUUCCAUGCAGACCACUAAAAAAGCACAAAAGUUACAUAAACAUCACUUUUUCAGUGCUUAUGUUUUUUAAUGUGCAUCACCUCAAGUGAAAUAAAGAUGUUUGGUAUCAAACCCCCCCCCCCGAGAUACAGGCAUAAUGCUAAAAAUUAUAGGAUAUUUAAAAAACUGGCAUUUCCACCUUUUCACAAAUGCUACGUAUAUUACUUAUAAAAAAAGAAAGGCCAUCCUAAUUUUUCAUAUUUUAAAUAUUAAAAAUAUUUAUGCUUUGUAAUUUGGAAAAGCUAUUUAAACUAGAAUAAACUUAUCAGAAAAUAUAAUUUUUAAGUAUGCCUAAGUUAAUCUGCUAGACAUAUGGAGUUCUGCUUGCUUGAGUAAAUAUUAUGAUCCAGAGUUGUAAUGACAAUGGAAAUAAUUUUGAUGCAAAGUGAUCAGUACUGUUUGCGUAAAUGUUAAGUGUAGAAAUCAACUAUUCUUAUUAGCACAUUUGACUGUAGUGCAGAAAGUUGUUAUUUCCACCUAUUUAAUACAUAGUUAAGAGCAUUUCCCAAAUCUUAUUCUAUAGUUACCUUGUGUGCCACCCAAAUUCAUUUGCAUUCUUUUUUUAGGCAGCACAGUAUUGCCAUGUUACUGCCAUGGAUUUUAAGCAGGGUAUUACGCUGAUGACCGCCAUGCCAAAGAGCAUACCAGUGCUAACCUCACCAUAUGCAAUCAGAUGAUUUCAUGUCUUUUGGCCCUAAAGCAGUUGCUGCAUGUACUGAAUCAAAAGUGUUUUUUUCUCAUGUAAAUUUGUAAAGAUAAAAUGAUUGAGGAAAACAUGUACAGAGUUGAAGAAAAAUACCAAAUUAUUAUAAGUAGUGUUGUCAAUAAUUUACUUUUAAACACUGAAAUAAAAGGCUCAAAGGGAUGAUGUAUUAUAUUUAUUCUGGAAAAUAAAAUAGCACUAUCAUGUUAUAGACAAUCAAAUGUGCUAAUGCCAAAUGCAUUUUUACUCAAAUACCUAAGUGCCAAGCCUUCAGUACUUACAGUGUUCUGUUUAACUGAAUGCAUUUUUUGUACUGUAUAGAUUGAAACAUUUAUAACUGUUUUUGCAGUAGCUAAUGAUAAAUAGAACACAUUCAAGUAGUUACAUACAAGUGUACAACUUUAUUUUAGCGUUGCUCAUUGUUUGUCUUUCUAUGUUGAUCAUGUUGAUCUGUUUUAAAGCAUGGCCUAGAGUCAAACAGUAUUACGAUGUUUUAUUUUUCUUUAAAGUAAGUUUUUCGCUUUCAGUGAAGUUAAUUUUGUCUUGUAGAAUGUUUUGUUUGCACUUACAUUUGCUAUUUUCAUAAUACACUGUACCUGUCAGAUCCAGUGUAUAGUUUUCAGUACUUUGCUUCUAGUGAAAUUUGUAAAGCAUUAUAAUAAAAUCGUCACUGAAUAUAA